UGGGAGAGAGUGUAAGGAAGGAAGUUGCAUCCAUCCAUCCAUCGUCGUCGUCGAACCAAUUAACCAAACCCUAUCUAGCUUCUUCGCAUUCUCAUUCACUCUGCCCCCAACCCAAAGCCCCAUUCCCUAACCCUAACCCUAACCCUAAAUCCGAAUCUUCUCAUGAAACCUCCCACGCAACACUCCACCGUUUCAGAAUCAGGUUCGAUUCCCUAACCCUCCACAAAUCCCCUUUCUUUUCUUUGCAGUUUCUCCAUGGAGGGCUCUGCAGAGGAUCUCGGAGCCCCCGAGUCAUGGGAGGUCGCUGAUUUGGACGAGUCCAUGAACCGCUUGAACCUCAUGGUCUUUUCCAACAACGAUUCUAAGCAACCUCACCAGCGUCUCGCCGAUUAUAAUGACGAUGAUGCUCCGCUGCCGCCGCCUCCUCCUCCUCCGCCUCCUUCGUCCAGUUGCGACGAGGUUUCCGAUGACGCCAUCAAUCAGGUUGAUCAGUUCCUUCGCGAAGCCAUUCAGAACCCUCGCGAACGGCUUUCAAUCUUGAGGAUGGAGCAAGAUGUUGAGAAUUUUAUUCGUGAUCCUACUCAACAGCAGCUUGAAUUUAAGCAGCUUCCAACAUCCUAUUUAAGGCUGGCCGCACACCGGGUGGCUCAGCAUUACUCAUUGCAGUCAAUGGUUUUACUGGAUAAUAGUUUACCAGAUGGUUCUGGGUCAAGAAUUAUUGUUCGCAAAACCUCUGAAUGUAAGCUUCCAGUUAUCCGCCUUGCAGACAUCCCAGUAAAAUUAUCACCAGAAAACAGUGCUGUCAUGAAGGUUGCAAUCAAACAGAGGCCGCAGAAGUGGACACAGAUUCUCAGCAAUGCAAAUUCAAACUCAAUGAAGAAUAAUAGCUCUAAAAGUGUGGAGGAGAGAAAAGAGGAAUAUAAUAGGGCUCGAGCUAGGAUUUUUAAUUCAAGUAAUAAUGAUGGUACUGUAGGUGGGAAGCCAGAAUGUGAGUCAAGGCAGCAGGAUAACUCAUUGCAUAGUUCCUUGGUUGUUCCUCGGGUGGAAGAUAAAUCAGCUUCUGUAUCUGAUGUCACUUCUGGUAGGGGGCUGGUUGAGUCUUCAACUAAUACCAAUAGGGCUAGAAGUAGGAUAGAGAAGGAGCCAGUUGGUAGGUACAGGCAAAAUAAUAGGGUGGCUAUAUUUCGGGACCGAGAGGUUGACCGCAAAGAUCCUGAUUAUGACAGGAACUAUGAUAGGUAUAUGCAAAGAUUUGAUCCUGGUUUUGGGUUCAAUGGAGGAUCAUAUGCAAUACUGCCAAUGUAUACAGCAGUAUUGAAUUACAAGACUGAGUUUCCACAGCUUGGAUCCACUCACAGACCCCACCUUUCUGCUGAACACCAACCACGGCCUCUUCCACAGCAUAUAUCUGGGCCCUGGGCUGCACAAUCAGCACCUGCUGGAAUUGGAUAUGGACAUCCCGAGACCAUGAUGCCACCAUUUAAUCCUAAUCAAGUUGGUGCACACUCAUCAUCAGCCAUGUAUCUGCAUUCAUCUCAGUAUCCCUGUCAGCGCCCUGGAAUGCCAUUUAUCCAUCAUGAACAUGUUCACCAACCCUUUGCACAGUCUCAUCAGCCCCCACCUGAUGCAAGUUUUGGAUUGGCCCGGCCCCGGUGAGGGGCAUGGGCCAUGCCUGCACCCAAUCAGCCAGUGGUAUAAGACAAGAUCAUGGGCUGCUGCAGCUCCAAAUUUCUUUUAGCUGAUUGGAGUGCAGGCAUAUAGGCCGAGUUUGGCUGGAAUGGAUUUUCGUAUUUCUGAAAGAUAAACUCACCAGCAUUGAUCUAUCCCUCCAAUCUCGGCUUUGCAUGGAUGCUUCCUGCAUCUUCCACCAGUCCGUGACUGUGUCCCUAUAGACAUUUGAAUUUUUUGAGGAGCUUUUAGAGCUUAUAUUGUUGUUCAUGAAGAGAAAAUUGAGGACCUCUUCAGAGGAAAUGGAGCCAAAGAAGUUUGUGCUUGACUUGGAUAAAGCUACAGCUCCCUCAACAAGCUUAAGGGGUUUCAGUUAAAGAGCUCGGUCCAUCAUUUGCUUUGAGGUUUUUGAUGCAGAGAUUUAACUGAAUUUUCCAAGCUCUAGUCACUAGUGGCAAUCGCUAUACUUUACAAUAUGGUCUGGUGAAUUAUCCUUGACCUUAUGUAUAAUACAUGACCAACUAUAGAUUUGAGUUUGUAUAUUUCACUCAGUUCUAUCAUUUCUUUUUCUGCAUUUCCUUAUUCUCUACAUAUAUAUUAUCAAUUUUUUGGAGUAA